CCUUGGGCAGUCAGAGUGACUUGGGGGAGGGGACAGAGAAGAUCCUUCUUUGUGUCCAUCCUGUGUUGGGCUCAGGCCCUCUCCAUGAGCCAGAAAAGCUGUGGGUUGGGAGAGCCUCAUGAGAGAAAGCCUUCCUCGCACACGGAGCAGCCCCCAGCAACCCACCAGCAGCUAAGCAGGAGCUUAGACCCCUCUGAGGAUGACAGGAGUCACCAAGCUACCCUACCCAGCCCUGGGUUUGUUUUGCCCCUUUUCAUUGACUAUGGUCUUGGAAGGGGCAGGGGGGCAGGAGGUGGUGGGUUCCAGCUCAGCUUUUCUGCCCAUCCUGGACCUGAAAUGCUGUUAGCUCAGACCCUUGGGUCCCUGGGGAAGUGGUCACUGUGCUCCCCCAAACCUAUCCCUAUGAUAAUGAGCCUUUGAGGUCUCUGUCUUGGGUCUGGGGUGCAGAGCACUGAGGCAGGAGAGACAGGAAGGGCAGGAACUGAAAGGAAAUUCAAAUGCACCUAUUUCUCUUAGAAAAGUGGCCCAGAAGACUUCCAAACAAUGAGUACACUGUAAAAACAAACAUCUUUCUCAAAACCCCUCAAAUGUAAUUGUGGAACCUCCUCCGGUUCCAAGUUCCCGGACUGUAGGAAGUCCAUCUGGGCUCUUGAAGGGCCAGGGACAAAGGGCUAGGUGCAGGCAAAGCUCUAAAGCAGAACUGAGGGUGAUCUGGUGGCGACAUCUGCUCCCAGCCCUGUUGAGGGGAGGGUGGCUGCCGCUCAUCUGCUGUCCAGCUUCUCAUCCUGUCCAGCUUCCCCAGCCCCAUCCUCAGUUGUGGGAUAGGACUCCACCCACUCUCCCCCAAGGCAGCCAGCACCAGAGCCCCAGGAGGAGCAUCUAGAGAGGGAUCUCGUUGGCUUCCUGGACGGAGCCCUGGGAGGAUUUUCACAAAGUACAGAAUUUCAGACACAGACUGCCAGAGUUUGAGCUUUGAGGAGGGGGGCUGGGGCCAGCUUCUUUUGUGAAGCCCCAGAGGAACAGGGUUGCCCCACCCAUACCCCUGCAAGCCCCCUUUUCCUCCAGGGCUUCUCAGCCCUCCUCGAGCUGGAUGCCAAACCUCCCGCCUCCUGGAGGCGGGGCCAGCCUUCUGAGCAGGAUAAAACUCCACGCGGAGGGGAGCGGUGUGGGCACAGCCUUGGCAUGGCCAUCGGGCUCCUAACUGUGCCGGCCCCAUGGCCAGUCCAGUGGAUGCAUCCCCUGCAGGCCAUGCCAGUGGGUUGGGUCCCCACCGGAGAAAGAGGACUACCUUCAGCAGAGGGCAGCUGCUGGAGUUGGAGCGGGUGUUUGCAGCACGGCCUUACCCCGACAUCGGCACCCGUGAGCACCUGGCCCGGGUCACCUGCCUUCCUGAGGCCAAGAUACAGGUGUGGUUCCAGAACCGCAGAGCCAAGAGAAUCAAGAAUAGGAAGCCAGGAGGCCUAAGUCCCAGGCCUGAGCCUCCCCAGAGAUCCCUUUCUCUUCCGGACACCAUCCAGCAGUCCUGGGAGCCCUGCACCCUUGGCCAGCCUCCACCCUCCAACAGCACAGCUCAGUGUGCCUCUGUGUGUCGACAUGCCUCCUGUCCAGAUCCUGGCUUGGGUUCAGGGCAGGGCUGGGUAGGGGCCAAAGCUACGGCCCCAUGGGGACCGGCUGGGGCUUCAGGGGUGUACGUCUCUUCAGAGCGAGCUGCUCCCCAGACCUCACUGGGCAGCCUGUCUGACCUCAUCUAUGCCUCGGCAAUUGUCACCAGCCUGGACCACUCCUAAUCUAGGUCUAGAACUUGCAAGUCCCUUCCUCUGGCUCCUGUAGCCCAUCCUGCCCCUUAAGACUGAACACACCAGAAGUGGAUCCCCUGCCCUCUCCUUUUACACGAGGGAGUUCUCUUAUGGGAAGAAAGUUUAGCUCAGGGAUCCCUCUCUUCCGCUGUCCUCCAGGCCAGCCUAGAUGCGGGUGACAAGGGCCUGGCUUCUGCUACCCAGCACCCUGCCCCUCCAGGGACACCUGCCCAUCAUCUUGGCAGGAGGUACCUACAGAGGGAUGAGGUGGGAGCCCAUGUUUCCCACUUCUCCUGCCAGGCCUGGUCCCCAAUUCUUCUCAUGCCAGCUGACAACACGUCCUCCCUCUAAAGGAGAAUGGGCAGCUGCCCCUCACCCAAGGGCCCUUUGGGCCAUUACCUAACUGACUGUCAAGUGAGCUAGGAGAGUGUCGAUCCUAAUUUUAGACUGCAGGGAUCAAUCCUUUUACAGUUCAGGGCCCCCUCUCCUGUCCUCCUGCCACCUGGAUGAAUUAAUCACAACCAUGGAUCUGAAGAGGGAGUGAUAUUAAAGUAAUAAAGUAGAAAUAGGAAUGCAGGGCUUACGUUUAUUUAAUUUUCACAAAUAUCAGAUUGGCUGCCCUCUGACCUAGGGCUGCGGAGACAACCUGACAGAUUUCGGGAUGGGGUGGGUGUGGUGCAUGUGGCAGCAUUGGGUUUUGAUAUCACUGUCGUCUGUAAUACCAACUAAUCUCCAAAUAAAACCCAAACUCUGUACCUUAAUCUGGAUUGUUGUGUGCUGCAAAUGAAUUGGG